AUGGCGGUAGCUGAGACACAGCUGUACGCAAAGGUGUCCAACAAGCACAGGAGCAAAAGCACCUCUGUACUCCUCGAGUCUCUCCUCGCCAAAGGAUUCACGGCUCAUAUCGCGCAAAAAGCCUUGGCUGCUACUGGACAAAAGACAAUAGAAGAUGCUGCAAAAUGGUUGCACUCCCACUGCAAUGAUCCCUCUUUGGAUGACCCAAUCCCUCAGGAGUAUGCUCUUUACUUAUGUCCCACCGGUCGUUUGCAUAACCACCUGCAAGAGUUUUGGAAGGAGAGCAAGCGCCAGUGCGGGAAAAACAGAGCCCAUGAGAUUUUUCCACACAUCACUCUCUGCGAUUUCUUCACAUGUGAAGACCAGAAAGUGGAAUUAUUGUACGACACCUUAAAGCGAGUGGGUGACAGCUUUUCACAGUGCUUUCCGCCAUCCAUUUCCCUAUCACUACAUUCAUCCACCAGCUACCUUGGCUUCUUCAUUGGUGACAGCCAUGCAAAUAUCCUCAAAGAGUUUGCUCUGGCGUUCUCAUCAGAGGCUUCAGCCCUGGCAGAUUGCCAUGUGAAGCCCUGCCUAAAGCAGCUCCACCUUACCUUGGCUCACAAGUUUUAUCCUCACCAUCAAAAGACUUUGGAACAAUUGGCCAAAUGCAUUAACCCAGGGGAGACUUGCCAGUGGGUAGCUGCUCUCUACUCGCGGGACAUGCGUUUUGUGCAUUACCAGACGCUGAGGGCCCUCUUCCAGUACAAGCCCCAGAACAUCGAUGAACUCAUGAUCAACACCGGGGACUUCAUCUACGUUGACCCAACGCAGCAGUCUGAUGUGAGCGAAGGCUGGGUGAUUGGGACCUCGCAUCGGACCGGCUGCAGGGGUUUUAUACCCGAAAACUACACUGAGAGGGCCAAUGAGUCAGACACAUGGGUUAAGCACAGGGAAUAUGUUUUUGUAACAGCUUCAAGAUUCUUCACCCAAACUGAAAAUGAACCUAAUGUAAAGCUGAAUGGAGAAGUCCAUAAUCCUAGCAUGUCAAGGAGUCUAACUAAGGUACUUUCUCUUCAGAAUGCCACCCUGCGAAGAGGCGUGCUGGUGAUGCGCCAUGGGGAAAGAGUUGAUCAGGUCUUUGGCAAAUCUUGGCUUCAACAGUGCUUAACUGCAGAUGGAAAAUACUACAGAGCAGAUCUGAACUUCCCUUCCACCCUGCCGAAGCGGAAAGACAGCGUGAAGGAUUUUGAAUACGAUCCUCCUUUAUCUUGCUGUGGUAUUUUCCAGUCAAGGCUUAUAGGGGAAGCUCUGCUGGACCAGGAGGUGACAGUCAGCUAUGUGUACUCGUCACCCGCGCUCCGCUGCAUACAAACAGCUCAACACCUGCUGCAGGGGCUUAAAUUAGAUCAAAAAGUCAAAAUCAGGGUGGAACCAGGACUCCUUGAAUGGACCAAGUGGGAAGCAAGCAAACUAAUUCCUAACUUCAUGACUGUGACUGAACUGGCAGAGGCCUCUUACAAAAUAGACACAAGUUACAGGGGUAACUUCCCACUCUCUUCUCUGGUGCCAUCGGAAAGUUAUGAAGAAUAUGUAAGCAGAAGCUCCGCAGUUGUAAAACAGAUCAUCACUGCCUGCCCCAGCAAAGGUAAAGGUGUCAUCCUCAUUGUGGGCCAUGGCUCUUCCUUGGCAUCUUUCACCCGACCUCUGAUAGGGCUCCCUGCCAGAGACAGCAGUGACUUUGCCCAGGUGGUACGAAAGAUCCCUUCGCUGGGCAUGUGUUUCUGCGAAGAAAUUAAAGAGAACAAAUGGCAGAUGGUCGACCCACCAGUGAAGACAUUAACUCAUGGAGCAAAUGCAGCGUUUAACUGGAGAAAUGGUAUCGUGGAAGAUUAG